AUGAGCCCUCGCCUCUUUGCUGAUCUCUUGAUUCUGGGGACCUUCAACAAACCGCAAUUGCAGGCGCACAACACCAGGCUGGACCAGACGCUCCAGGACGCCUGCGGCAGCAUCCUGCAGGCCCAGUCGGAGCUCGCCGUGGCAUGUGAGGAGGCGCAAGGGGCGCAGGCGCUGGCACAGGUCUACAAGGCGGACUUCACGGCUGCGAUGGCGGCGCUGGCGCAGGCGGACCUGGGCUGCAGGACGGCCAACGCGCGCGCCGUGAUGGUCACGGCCGAGCUCGGUGUCGUGAGGGAGUCGCUGCAGCAAAAGGACGACCAGCUGGUGGCAGCCAGGGGCGAGGUGCAGCUGUUGUGCGCCGCAGAGCAGCGGCGCGUGGAGGAGAUGGCGGAGCUGAACGGGCAGAUGGAGAGGUGCCGGGAGCGGCUGGAGACCCAGGCCGAGGCCUGCGCCGCCAUGAGGCUGGAGCGGGACGCCACCGGGGCCCAGCUCACCCAGGCACAGCAGUUUGCAGCGGAGCUGCAGCAGCAGAUGGUUGCGGCCACGGCGGCCAAGAUGGCGGCCGAGGAGGCCCUGGACAGCUGCCGGGUCGCCAUGGCAGAGGGCGUGCGCGCGGCUGAUGAGGAGAUGGCUGCGCUGCAGGCCAAGAUCAAGGAGAUGCAGGCCCAGAAGGUGGAGAUGGAAGCUCUCCUCAAGGGACGCGGCGACACCAUAGACCAGAUCACGUCGGAGCUGGCGAUGGCACGCGAGGAGGCGCAAGGGGCGGAGGCGCUGGCACAGGCCUACAAGGCAGACUUCACGGCUGCGAUGGCGGCGCUGGCGCAGGCGGACCUGGGCUGCAGGGCGGCCAACGCGCGCGGCGUGAUGGUCAAGGCCGAGCUGGGUGUCGUGAAGGAGUUGCUCCAGGAAACAAACGGUCAGCUGGUGGCGAGCAGGGGCGAGGUGCAGGAGGCGCUCGCCGCAGCGCAGCGCCGCGAGGAUGAGAUGGCGCAGCUGAGCGGGCAAAUCGAGAGCUGCCGGGCGCAGCUGGCGGCCCAGGCACAGGCCUGUGACAUCAUGAGGCUGGAGCGGGACAGCACCGGCGCCCACCUCGCCCAGGCGCAGCAGUAUGUUGCUGAGGUGGAGGAGCAGAUGGCCGCCGCCAUGGCGGCCAAGGUGGCGGCCGAGGAGGCGCUUGGAAGCUGCAAGGUUGCCAUGGCGGAGGGUGUGCGUGCGGCUGAUGAGGAGAUGGCCGCGCUGCAGGACAAGAUCAAGCAGAUGCAGGCGUCGCUGGCGCAGGCGGACCUGGGCUGCAAGGCGGCCAACGAGCGGGCCGCAACAAUCACAGCAGAGCUGCGUGCCGUCAGGGCGUCCAAGAUGGCCCUGCAGCUGGACGUCGCGGCCCUCAAGAAGACCAAGAAGACCGACCUCGCGGCGGCACAAGCCCAGCUGAUGAAGGAGCGCUCCAAGCGGCACGCAAGCCAGGCCGCCGCGCGCAAGGCUAACGGCGCCGCCCGGGCGUGCGCGGCGCGCGCGGGCAAGGCGGCGGCCGAGGGCCGCCGCCUGGCGCGCCUGCUCCUGUCGGCGGAGGCACGCGCCGAGGCCGCAGCCGCGGCCGCCAGCGCCGCGGGCGCGGCCGCCGCUGGCGCGGCCGCUGAGCUGGCGGUGCUGCAGGCUGAGGUGGCGGAGCUCAGGGGCCUGGCGGAGGCCGCCCAGGCGGCGGCUGCGGGAUACGAGGCGCAGCUGGCGGAGGCGAGCGCGGCCUCGGCCCUCCUGGCGCAGUCGGUGGCCAGCGGCGGCGGCCGCCGCACGCUCAGCAGCGGCGGCACGCCGUCCGAGGGCGCGCGGUCGUGGCGCGCGAGCAUCAGCCGCCGCGGCAGCGGCAGGAGCACGGGCGCCGCGGCGGAGGGCGCAGACCCAAGGGCUCCACAGGAGUCGGUCGGCGACAUCCUGCUGCGCUUUUUCUGCUUCCGGCCAGGCGCCCAGAUCCCUGGGACCGAGGCCUGA